AUGGCUAAAUUGGAAGUAAGUGCAGUUUUGAAUUUUUCAACUCAGCAAAUGAAAAUUAAUUUUCAUUCUUACAAAGAAUUUGUUGACUAUUUGUUUUUGAUUUCUUUAGAACUCGUCGAAUAUAUUCGAGAAUAA